AGCAGUUGUAAACCAAAUCAACAACUUGUUGGUUUCACAGAAGGCGAAGGAGAUGACAUAACCCCAUCGCGUACGGCACUUCCCAAGGCAAACCCCACAGCGAGCGGCGUCAUGGAUGGCGGCAUUGCAUGACCGACGAACUGGUGCUGCUUUGGAUGGACCAAGCUGCCUAGGUAUAAAUGGAGGGGGACAUAUCCUCUGAGGUUCUGCCUUAACGACCUCUCCAAAUCCUUCGAAGCACGUGCAACAAUAAAGUCAACAAGAUGAAGCUUUGUGCCGACUGCAUGUCUGGAGUGAUUCUUCCCGGCACUCCUAAAGGGCAAAUGGUCACCCUUGACCGCUUCUCUGCCUACCUUGCCUCUCCGCCUGCUUCAUCCCGCCUUUCGGUCGCAGCCAAUCGUGCGGUUGUUCUGUUCACCGAUGUGUUCGAGCUACCUUUAGGAAACCCGAAGAUCAUGGCCGACGCUUUCUCUAGUGAGCUGGGUGUGGACGUUUGGGUGCCAGAUAUGUUCAACGGUCAUCCACCCCUCAAGAACGAGGACAUCAUGCGGUACGAUCAUCAAGACCCAGGCAGUCCCAUGCCAUCGUGGAAGUUAUUAGGUUUCCUCAGCCAGACAACGUUCGUUUUUCCAAAGAUGAUCAUGGGAGAAAACAAGCAGUCUAGGGUGUACACGAGAAUGAAGGAAUUUGUGGAAACACUUAACAAGGACCGGGGGAUAGAGAAGAUUGGGGCCGUCGGAUACUGUUACGGAGGAAGUGUGCUCCUCUCCCUCGUGCCUUUCCAUCUUCUGUCGAGUGCUGUCAUCGCACAUCCUGGCGAUUUUGACCACAAGCUAGUUGAAGACAUUGAUUUCCCCACCUCGUGGAUUACGUGCCAAGAAGAUUUUGUUUUCGGCCCCGACAAGCAGGAGGAUGUGCAGCGUCGAUUUUCUCUUCGUUCCCAGCGAGCGAAAGAAGGACGACCUGAACAGGUGCCUCGGUACGAGUUCAGGCGAUACAUGGGUACCAGGCAUGGGUUCGGGUGCAGGCCGGCCCUAGACAUCCCAAUGAUCAAGGAUGCCUUUGUCAUGGCUAGUGAGCAGACCACCGCUUGGUUUAAGGAUACUCUCUUGUAA